AUGUUACUUCGAUUUCUCUCUCUCUCUCUCUCUCUCUCUCUCUCUCUCUCUCACUCACUCUCGACACUAUCUCUGAUUUUUCCAUUAUUCUCUGUUACUUUCAAUUUUCCUCAUCAAUCGGUCAAAUAUUCUCUCUCAAUCUCUCUAUCUCCCUCCCCACCUCGCUCUCCCACUCUCUCUCUCUCUCUCUCCAUCCUCUCCCUCUUACCCCCUUCUCUCUCCAUCUUCUCCCUUCCCUCUCCAUCUUCUCCCUCUUCUUCCUUUCUCUCUCUAUCUUCUCCCUCUUUCUCCCUUAUCUCUCCAUCUUCUCCCACUUUCUUCCUUCUCUCUCCAUCUUCUCCCUCUUUCUCCCUUAUCUCUCCAUCUUCUCCCUCUUUCUCCCUUCCCUCUCCAUCUUCUCCCUCUUUCUCCCUUCUCUAUCCAUCUUCUCCCUCUUUCUCCCUUCACUCUUCUUCUUAUCCCUCUUUCUCCUUUCUCUCUCCAUUUUCUCCCUCUUUCUCCCUUCUUUCUCCAUCAUCUCCCUCUUCUUCCCUCCUCUCUCCAUCUACUCCCUCUUUCUCCCUUCUCUCCAUCUUCUCCCUGUUUUCCCUUCUCUCUCCAUCUUCUCCAUUUUUCCUUUCUCUCUCCAUCAUCUCCCUCUUUCCCCCUUCUCUCUCCAUCUUCUCCCUUUUCCUCCUUUUUCUCUCCAUCCUCUUCCUCCCUUCUCUCUCCAUCUUCACCCUCUUCUUCCCUUCUCUCUCCCUCUUUCUCCCUUCUCUAUCCCUCUUCCUCCCUUGUCUCUCCAUCUUCUCUCUCCCUCCAAUCCCUUUGUCUCUCUUUAGUCGCUAA